UCUUCCAAUUUUCCUGCUCAUUUCCCAACCUCUCUUGGUUGUCUUCCAACCUUCCUGGUCCUCUCCCAGGCCUUUUGCUCUGCUUUCCCUUGCUGGUUGCUUCCCAACCUUUCAUCUUUGCUACUCUCCCAACUCUUUGGGGUCAGUUCCAUUUUUUGUCCUUUUCCAACCUUUCUGCUCCAUUCCCAACCUUUUUUUUUGCUCACCUGCCGAACUUUUUGCUGUCCCCUCCCAACCUCUCUGCUCAUUUCCCAACCUCUCCCUGUCCUCUCCCACCCCCCCGGGCCCCCUCCUGACCCUGCUGCCCUCUGCCAUGUCUGUCACCAUCACCAGGAAGACCCUGAGGAGCAGCUCGGCCGUUCCCGGCCGCUCCUUCAGCUCCCACUCCUACACCGCCGGUCCCGGGAUGAGGAUGAGCACAGCCGCAGCCUUCGGCGGCUCCUACGCGGGCAGCCGCUUCGGCUCGGGGCUCUACCGGGGCCCCGCGGUUGUGCCGGGCGCCGGCGGCGGCAUCGCUGCCGUCAGCGUCAACCAGAGCCUGCUGACCCCCCUCAACCUGGAGAUCGACCCCAACAUCCAGCGGGUGCGCAAGGAGGAGAAGGAGCAGAUCAAGAGCCUCAACAACAAGUUCGCCUCCUUCAUCGACAAGGUGCGGUUCCUCGAGCAGCAGAACAAGAUGCUGGAGACCAAAUGGAGCCUCCUGCAGGGCCAGAAGACCUCCAGGAGCAACCUGAGUGCCCUCUUCGAGUCCUACAUCGGCAGCCUGCGGCGCCAGCUCGAGGGCCUGGGCCAGGAGCGGCUGCGGCUGGAGGCAGAGCUGGGGAACAUGCAGGGGCUGGUGGAGGAGUUCAAGAACAAGUACGAGGAGGAGAUCAACAACCGCACGGAAAAGGAGAAUGAGUUUGUGCUGCUCAAGAAGGACGUGGACGAAGCCUACAUGACCAAGGUGGAGCUGGAGUCGCGCCUGGAGAGCCUGACCGAUGAGAUCAACUUCCUCAGGCAGCUCUACGACGAGGAGCUGCGGGAGCUGCAGGGGCAGGUCUCGGACACCUCCGUGGUGCUCUCCAUGGACAACAGCCGCAGCCUGGACCUGGACGGGAUCAUCGCCGAGGUGAAGGCUCAGUACGAGGAGAUCGCCAACCGCAGCCGCGCCGAGGCCGAGGCCAUGUACCAGGUCAAGUACGAGGAGCUGAAGAGCACUGCCGGCAAGCAUGGGGCAGACCUGCGCAGCACCCGCGGCGAGAUCAGCGACCUGAGCCGCCGAGUCCAGCGCCUGCAGGCGGAGAUUGAGGCGCUCAAGAGCCAGCGAGCCAGCCUGGAGACCUCCAUCGCCGAGGCGGAGGAGCGCGGGGAGCUGGCGCUGAAGGAUGCCAAGGGCAAGCUGGCAGAGCUGGAGGCAGCCCUGCAGAAGGCCAAGCAGGACAUGGCCAGGCAGCUGCGCGAGUACCAGGAGCUGAUGAACGUCAAACUGGCACUGGACAUCGAGAUUGCAACCUACAGGAAGCUGCUGGAGGGCGAGGAGAGCAGGCUGGAGUCGGGCAUGCAGAAUCUGAGCAUCCACACCAAGACCUCUGGGUACUCAGGAACUGCCUUUGGAGGGAGCUACGGGGGGGGACUCGGGGGGAGCUUUGGCACCUCCUUUGCCAGCUCUGGGUACUCCCUGGCACCGCCUGCCCUGGAGAGCUGCCCCCUGGCCAAGCCUCGUGCCAUUGUCAUCAAGAAGAUCGAGACCAGAGAUGGCAAAUUGGUGUCGGAGUCCUCUGACGUCCUGGCGAGCUGAGCCCCCCCCCGAGGGUGCCCCCCGCGGAGCGGCAGCAGCUGGCACCGCCCCGACCUGCCCUUACCCACCCCUCCCCCAGGGCACCCUGAGCCAGCGCCCAGCGAGGCCUCCAAGCCUCCUCCCCACCCCCCCCACUGUGCCCAGUCCCUGCCCUCUGAGUCCUGCCCACCCCUGCCCCCCUGCCUGUGCCCAGUCCCUGCCCUCUCCGUCCUGCCCUCCCCUGCUCCCUGCUGUGCCCCAUUGGAGCUGGGGGUGGGAAAUGGGGAGGGGGUUGCCCUGGCACCUCCUGCCAGUACCACAAUAAAGCUUUCUGAAGUCUG